AUGUCAGCGUUCCUCUCAGCCGUGCUGCUCUGGGCAAUGCAGGUUGGAGCAGCCACCUUCCCAGCGACGGUCGAGGUGGACUUGAUCUUCCCACGCAACGACACGUAUGCGCCGUCGAUACUCUUCCCCAUCGUCUUCGCUUUCCAGAACGCGGCGCUGGCUUCGUCGCUCGACCCCUCCCUUGACUUGCUGCUCUGGGAUAGCACCUUCAGUCACGCGAAUGAUUCUACCCUGAACCUGAAGUCGACCAACUUUUCCAACGAGCCCACCUUUGUGUACACGUAUAUCUCGACACUCAACACAACAGCCGACGGGGCGCCGACGUCCUACAUGCUGUCGUGGGAGCUUGGCGCCCGCAACUGCUCCCACGGGGGCCUGCCCUUUAUCGGCGGUGGCUUCCGUAGCCUCGGUGUGACAUUUACCAUCGCAAACGGCGCUCCGAAACCCGACCUCGUGGGGGCAACGACAAACAGCGCCUUAUGUACCAACGCCAGCCAUUUCGCCUUCAAUCUCACGGGCACUCUAGACGUGUAUCCGGCGCAGUACGACGGCCGCAACUCGUGCGCCGUGCUCUCGGACGUGCAGCCCCUGGUGGACGGCGACCCGUGUGCAGUCCACGUGGAUUCGGCCACAGCAAGCAGCAUCUCGGCCGCCCUCACAGCCACGGCAUGCGCGGAUGCCGUCAGCCCCUUGGUGAGCUGUCCCAGCAAGCAGAACGCGGCGGCGGCGGAUACAAAGACUGGGUUCCCAGCCAUGCUAAGCGGCUUCGUCGCGGCUUUGGUUGCCAUGCAGCUUUUGUAG